AUGCCAGAAACCAUUACUCUCUAUACCGCAAAGACCGAGCUUGCUUUGAAGGAGUCAAAGUUGCCAUACAAACGCUAUGAGAUUGAUUUAAGCAACAAGCCGGAGUGGUAUGCUCCCAAAAUCAAUCCAGCGAGCAAAGUACCAGCGAUUGCCUACGGCGGGCCGGAUGUCGCUCCAGAAAACCCAUCGCCCGACUCUCAGAAGAUCGCAGAGUCCUAUGUUCUGCUGGAACUUUUCGCAGACCUUAGCACUGAAGUUCCCUUGCUGCCAAAGGACCCCAUACUGCGAGCAAAAGCCCGAUUCUUUGUUGAAACAGUGACGCCCAAGUUCUCUGGCGCAUACUAUGCUGCUCUCACCCGCGGAGAAGAUCCUGACCAAAUCCUCGGAGCCAUCGAGGUUAUCCAAAACCUCCUUCCCCCUGAGGGCUUUGCUGUGGGUGAAUGGAGUAUUGCAGAUGCUGCCGUGCUCCCUUUCUUUGCUCGAGCAGAAGUGACCAUCGGAAACGACAUCGGAAAAUUUGAGGAAGGGAAAGGAAAGGCUACGUGGGCCAAGAUUGAAAACGAUGAAAAGUAUGCUCGGUUCAAGAAGUACUUCAACGACCUUAAAAGCAGGGAUAGCUUCAAAGAGACCUUCCAUCCCGAAUAUGUCAAGGAAACAUUCGCUAAGCGCUUUGCACGGGCUUGA